ACUUCUGAGUUUGUGACGAUGAGUAGUGCACCGCCGUGCACCGUUGUCUCAUCCGCCAGCCAGUCAGAUGAAUCGCCCAACGACGCUCACCAGGCCGACGACCCAGCAACUGACGGCCACGGUUCCAGUGUCAUGCUGCCUCCAGCGCUACCGCCAUUGCCACGUUCACCACGACCCCUGCCCCCGCCAUCGUCUCUGCCUGCAACCUCACUGCCACCGACUGCCGACGACCCACAGCUGUCGCCCUCGGUAUCCACAACAGACCCUCCACAGGAACCCUUCAGUAUGGACCAGUCCCUGGUUUCUCCGCAAACGUAUUCCUCCCACCAGACUCGCAAUCCCAUGCUUUCUCCAGCUCCACAAAUACUGCCACUUCCACCACCAUCGUCUCUACCUUCAUCCCCACUGCCAACAGUUGUCGAAAAUCCACAGCUGUCGUCCCCAGUAUUCGCAGCAGUCGCUCCAAAGCACCCAUAUACAGUUGAUAGGUCCAACAUUUCUUCACAGAAGCAUCUCCCAGGUGUACAGUUCCAUCAACUUCAAGAGCAGCUAGAGGCACAUCCUAGAGACCUAGGCCCAGCUUCGCAGGGACGAAGAGAUCCGAACCCAGCGUGCAACUCGAGUUACUCGACACCAGCUGACGCCCACGAACCAACUGCACAAGUACUGACGCCUGCCUCCCCAGCUGACAGCGUUCAGCGUCAUCUAGUGCCCGUCACAGAGAUCCAUGGCACAGACGACAUCAACAUCGCCAGCUCAAUCGCCUCUCAAACUGAGAAGUUUCAUGGAUCAUGGGUGAAGCCGAACGUCCAAGAUGACUCCAUCCGUCACCCACCUGAGCCAAAAGUUGCGUGGGAAAUGCAGUCGCAUUUCUUCCCCUUGCAACAGCAGGUUAAUCUGCAAGAAGGGGGCUUCCAACUGGAGGAGUCCACCCGUGAAGAGCAGAGCAAGCUGUCUCGAACAGACGCAGGCAACAACGAACUCCAACAGCAACAGCAGCAGUCGCACGCCUGUCUCAGCUCGCUGGUAUGCUGCGAUAGGGUGGCGCCAGGCAAGCAGCCUGAGGGCAUCUGGCUGAUGGAGCGGCAAGCCGUCCAGGCCAGUAGCCCCCCGCGCAUCUUCACCGAACUGUUACCUCCAGUGAGCAGUUCCAAGCCUGCCGUCAAUGUGCCAGUCGCCAUGACUUUCACGGGAGACGAGAAGCCAGACAGCUGGUGUCCAGAACUAAAAAACGACCACAAUGCAAAUCCUACCUACGCAAGAAGCGAAGAACCACAACUUCAGAUGCCACAGCCGAUAUUGCCCAAUGACCAGCAGCGACAGUUUCUUAGGAAAAAUACUCUAGCCCACGAGAAAGAAUAUGUUUGCAAAACAUGCUCCAAGAAGUUCGCCACACGCUAUUCUCUGAACGUAAGUUGCCAUUUCUAG